CAACUUGCAGGUAAUUUUAUUUACAACAAAAUUUUUAAUUUACAUCUAACCAUUUUCAACAAAGUUCGCGGCUGUCACCUGAAUUUUAUUCAUAAAUCUGAAAAUUUUCAAUACAAUACGUUUAGAAAAUGGCAAGAGAAAGCAGUGCCGGAUUUGAUAGACAUAUUACGAUCUUUUCGCCUGAAGGGAGACUUUAUCAAGUUGAAUAUGCUCUGAAAGCUAUCAAUCAAGGCGGGUUAACAUCGGUGGCUCUGCGCGGCGUGGAGGCGGCGGUGGUGGCGGCGCAGCGUAAGGUCCCCGACCGGCUGCUGGACCCCACCUCGGUCACACACCUGUUCCCACUCACUAGCCGCAUUGGUUGCGUUAUGACAGGCAUGAUAGCGGACAGCAAAUCUCAAGUGCAGAGGGCUCGGUAUGAAGCUGCUAAGUGGCAGUACAAGUAUGGCACAGAGAUACCAGUGCAUAUCCUGUGCCGUCGUAUCGCUGACAUUUCACAGGUGUACACACAGAAUGCUGAGAUGCGUCCGCUUGGAUGCAGCAUGAUGCUGAUAGCGUAUGACGAGGAGGCGGGCGCGAGCGUGUACAAGACGGAUCCGUCGGGCUACUACUGCUCGUACAAGGCGGUGGCGGCGGGCGCGAAGGCCACCGAUGCUAACGCCUACCUCGAGAAGAAACUGAAGAAGCGCGCCGACCUCGCCACCGACGACGCUAUCCAACUCGCCAUCUCGUGCCUCUCGCAGGUGCUCUCCGUCGACUUCAAGUCCUCCGAAAUCGAGGUCGGGGUCGUCAGCAAGGACGAUCCUAAAUUCCAUGUGCUCUCAGAGAGUGAAAUCGACCGACACUUGACGGCCAUCGCUGAAAAGGAUUAAUGACAUCAUAAUGAUAAAUAUUUAAUUUUUUUAAUAAACCUCACACACCUAA